UGUUAUGGGACAAACAAGGGCUGGGAAAUUUCAGAGUCGUCCCAGAAUCAUUAAGCGGCAUGUGCAUCACUGGCUUAGCAAUACAAUCCCAUACCCUGUUGGUCUGCCGAAGGGCCUAAUAGGAGCAAAGUGCACAGUUGAAGUACUCAUCGCUGGGAAGCUGUGUCAAUGUCUGCUGGACACAGGGUCUCAGGUUUCCACCGUACCGCAGUCUUUUUAUGAGCAAAACCUUUCAGGCAUUACGAUCAAGCCUCUGCACAACUUACUAGAAGUUGAAGCAGCAAAUGGCCUAACUGUACCUUACUUAGGUUACAUUGAGGUGGUUAUCACUUUUCCAAAAGAGUUCCUAGGGGCCGAGGUAGAAGUCACUACCAUUGCCCUUGUUGUCCCAGAUAUUCAAGCUUCUCAUCAGCCCACUAUACUGAUAGGUACAAAUACCCUUGAUUUAGUGUACAGGAAUCACAUGAAGACAGGGCAGAAUCAACAUAUGUCAUGGCAGGGUGGCUACAAAACAGUCCUGAAAACCCUUGAACUUAGGCAUAGACAAAAUGAAUGCAGUGACAUAGGACAUGUGCACCUGUCAGGAAGGGAGCCACAAGUUAUUCCUGCUGGCCAGAAGAGGGUCUUGGAAGGAUCAGUCAGGGCUCACAACCUCAGUGUAGUUCAGUCUGUCAUACUUGAAUCUCCUUCGGCAUCAUCCCUGCCAAGUGGAAUUGUAGUUCCAAAUUGUCUCCUGACCUUGCACGGUAAGGCACCCCAGAAACUCCCUGUAUUGCUGAUUAAUGAGACAAAGCAUGAUGUGACCAUUCAACCUAGGAGCAUUGUUGCUAAGUUGCAUGCAUUGCAGCAAGUGAUUCCCAGUAGGACCAACCCAGUCGAUAGCUCACGGACUUCUGUUGGAGGUUCAGCUUUUAAUUUUGCUGAUUCCCCCUUGCCCCCGGAAUGGAAAGAGAGGAUAAUUCAGAAGUUGAGUAGUAUGCCAGAGGUAUUUGCUCAGCAUGAUUUGGAUUUUGGGCGGACAGAUAAAGUACAACAUAAAAUUAAAUUACAUGAUCAGACACCUUUCAAACAAAGAUCCCGUCCCAUCCACCCACAAGAUUUGGAUGCAGUCCGCAGGCACUUGCAGGAAUUACUCGAAGCUGGAGUUAUUCGAGAAUCAGAGUCUCCUUUCGCAUCACCUAUUGUAGUGGCACGGAAGAAAAAUGGCGAUGUCCGACUGUGUAUCGAUUACAGAAAACUCAACCUGCAGACCAUCAAAGAUGCUUAUGCACUUCCCAACUUGGAAGAAACCUUCUCUGCACUCACCGGCUCCAAAUGGUUUUCUGUGCUGGACCUCAAGUCGGGGUAUUACCAGAUUGAGGUUGACGAAGCUGACAAACAUAAAACGGCAUUUGUUUGUCCGUUAGGCUUCUGGGAAUUCAACAGGAUGCCUCAGGGCAUCACUAAUGCGCCUAGUUCCUUCCAACGAUUGAUGGAAAAGUGCAUGGCUAGCAUUAAUCUGAAGGAAGUGCUUGUGUUUUUAGAUGACAUCAUUGUGUUUUCUCAGACUUUGGAGGAGCACGAAGCCCGACUGCUGCUUGUUCUGCAUAGGUUAAAAGAGUAUGGGCUUAAGCUUUCACUGGAAAAAUGCAGGUUUUUCCAGACUUCAGUGAGGUACUUGGGGCAUAUUGUUUCUGAAAAUGGUGUAGAGACUGAUCCAGAAAAAAUUGAGGCUCUAAAAAGUUGGCCAGUUCCCAAAACUUUGAAAGAGUUACGUUCAUUCCUUGGGUUCUCUGGCUAUUAUAGGAGGUUUAUUGAAAACUAUUCUAAAAUUGUGAAACCUUUAACUGACUUGACGGCAGGUUACCCCCCAGUUAGAAGGAAUAAAAUGGCAAAGGUGAAAAGUGCCACAUACUUUAACUUCAAAGAACCUUUUGGGGCCCGUUGGACUGAUGACUGUCAACAGGCUUUUGGUGCAAUCAUUGCCAAGUUGACCUUGGCUCCUGUGCUUGGUUUCUCUGACCCCAGGCUGCCCUAUGUACUGCACACAGAUGCAAGUACUACAGGGUUGGGUGCAGCUCUUUACCAGGAGCAGGAGGGACAGAUGCGAGUAAUAGCGUUUGCCAGUCGAGGGUUAACCAAAAGUGAGUCCUGUUAUCCAGCUCAUAAGUUAGAAUUUCUCGCAUUAAAAUGGGCAGUAACGGAGAAGUUCAAUGACUACCUAUAUGGGAGUUCCUUCACUGUGGUGACUGACAGCAACCCUUUGACAUACAUAUUAACGUCUGCAAAGCUGGAUGCAACCGGCUACAGGUGGCUGUCCGCCCUGUCGACAUUUACCUUUAGACUGCAGUAUAGGUCGGGGAAGCGCAACCUAGAUGCAGAUGGUUUAUCUCGACGUCCCCAUGGGAAACUUAUUGAUGACCUUAUUUCACAGAAAGAACGAGAGCGCAUUGAUCAGUUCACAAGAAGCCACCUGUCAGAAGCUGAUACCCUGAUCACUGAUAAUGUAGUUAGAGCCAUCUGUGAGAAACAUCUUGUUACUCGGGCAUUGAAUAGUGGGCAGCAAAGUGUUGAAAUCCCGUUGGUGGAGUCGCUUGCUACGCACCCAGAAGCUAUUCCUGACAGUUUUGAGGUUGAAGUCUCAUUUGGAGGUAUAGAGUUAGCUCCUACGUUAUCCACUGAUGAGUUGAAAGAGAAGCAAAGGGCUGAUUCAACCAUCAGGGAAGUUAUCUUCCAGAAGGAGACAGAACAGAUGCCCCCUCCAACCCUACGAAAGGAACUACCUGAUCUACCCCUUAUGCUUCGAGAGUGGAACAAGCUGGAACUGAAGGAUGGAAUUCUUUACAGAAGGAGGCAAGACAAAGGCGAAACUCAACAUCAGCUGGUCUUACCGGAGGAACUGCGAAGUACCGUCAUGUCCAAAUUACAUGAUGAAAUGGGCCAUUUAGGAGUCGAUCGCACCCUAGAUCUUGUACGGUCCAGGUUUUACUGGCCUAGGAUGGCCGCUGAUGUUGAGCAAAAAAUCAAGACCUGUGAUCGAUGUGUCCGUAGGAAAGCAAUGCCACAAAAGGCUGCCCCCUUGGUUAACAUCCAAGCUACCAGACCUCUUGAGCUGGUUUGUAUGGACUUCUUGUCCUUGGAGCCUGACCGUAGUAACACAAAGGAUAUCUUGGUCAUAACUGAUUUUUUUACGAAAUAUGCUGUGGCCAUCCCUACACCUAAUCAGAAGGCCAGAACAGUUGCCAAGUGCCUUUGGGAGAACUUUAUUGUUCAUUAUGGGUUUCCUGAAAAGUUACAUAGCGAUCAGGGUACAGAUUUUGAGUCCAAAACUAUUAAGGAAUUAUGCCUACUGGCUGGAAUUCAUAAGGUCCGGACUACGCCAUACCAUCCUAGGGGAAACCCGGUUGAGCGGUUCAACAGGACCCUCUUAAGCGUAUUUGCUCAGCAUGAUUUGGAUUUUGGGCGGACAGAUAAAGUACAACAUAAAAUUAAAUUACAUGAUCAGACACCUUUCAAACAAAGAGCCCGUCCCAUCCACCCACAAGAUUUGGAUGCAGUCCGCAGGCACUUGCAGGAAUUACUCGAAGCUGGAGUUAUUCGAGAAUCAGAGUCUCCUUUCGCAUCACCUAUUGUAGUGGCACGGAAGAAAAAUGGCGAUGUCCGACUGUGUAUCGAUUACAGAAAACUCAACCUGCAGACCAUCAAAGAUGCUUAUGCACUUCCCAACUUGGAAGAAACCUUCUCUGCACUCACCGGCUCCAAAUGGUUUUCUGUGCUGGACCUCAAGUCGGGGUAUUACCAGAUUGAGGUUGACGAAGCUGACAAACAUAAAACGGCAUUUGUUUGUCCGUUAGGCUUCUGGGAAUUCAACAGGAUGCCUCAGGGCAUCACUAAUGCGCCUAGUUCCUUCCAACGAUUGAUGGAAAAGUGCAUGGCUAGCAUUAAUCUGAAGGAAGUGCUUGUGUUUUUAGAUGACAUCAUUGUGUUUUCUCAGACUUUGGAGGAGCACGAAGCCCGACUGCUGCUUGUUCUGCAUAGGUUAAAAGAGUAUGGGCUUAAGCUUUCACUGGAAAAAUGCAGGUUUUUCCAGACUUCAGUGAGGUACUUGGGGCAUAUUGUUUCUGAAAAUGGUGUAGAGACUGAUCCAGAAAAAAUUGAGGCUCUAAAAAGUUGGCCAGUUCCCAAAACUUUGAAAGAGUUACGUUCAUUCCUUGGGUUCUCUGGCUAUUAUAGGAGGUUUAUUGAAAACUAUUCUAAAAUUGUGAAACCUUUAACUGACUUGACGGCAGGUUACCCCCCAGUUAGAAGGAAUAAAAUGGCAAAGGUGAAAAGUGCCACAUACUUUAACUUCAAAGAACCUUUUGGGGCCCGUUGGACUGAUGACUGUCAACAGGCUUUUGGUGCAAUCAUUGCCAAGUUGACCUUGGCUCCUGUGCUUGGUUUCUCUGACCCCAGGCUGCCCUAUGUACUGCACACAGAUGCAAGUACUACAGGGUUGGGUGCAGCUCUUUACCAGGAGCAGGAGGGACAGAUGCGAGUAAUAGCGUUUGCCAGUCGAGGGUUAACCAAAAGUGAGUCCUGUUAUCCAGCUCAUAAGUUAGAAUUUCUCGCAUUAAAAUGGGCAGUAACGGAGAAGUUCAAUGACUACCUAUAUGGGAGUUCCUUCACUGUGGUGACUGACAGCAACCCUUUGACAUACAUAUUAACGUCUGCAAAGCUGGAUGCAACCGGCUACAGGUGGCUGUCCGCCCUGUCGACAUUUACCUUUAGACUGCAGUAUAGGUCGGGGAAGCGCAACCUAGAUGCAGAUGGUUUAUCUCGACGUCCCCAUGGGAAACUUAUUGAUGACCUUAUUUCACAGAAAGAACGAGAGCGCAUUGAUCAGUUCACAAGAAGCCACCUGUCAGAAGCUGAUACCCUGAUCACUGAUAAUGUAGUUAGAGCCAUCUGUGAGAAACAUCUUGUUACUCGGGCAUUGAAUAGUGGGCAGCAAAGUGUUGAAAUCCCGUUGGUGGAGUCGCUUGCUACGCACCCAGAAGCUAUUCCUGACAGUUUUGAGGUUGAAGUCUCAUUUGGAGGUAUAGAGUUAGCUCCUACGUUAUCCACUGAUGAGUUGAAAGAGAAGCAAAGGGCUGAUUCAACCAUCAGGGAAGUUAUCUUCCAGAAGGAGACAGAACAGAUGCCCCCUCCAACCCUACGAAAGGAACUACCUGAUCUACCCCUUAUGCUUCGAGAGUGGAACAAGCUGGAACUGAAGGAUGGAAUUCUUUACAGAAGGAGGCAAGACAAAGGCGAAACUCAACAUCAGCUGGUCUUACCGGAGGAACUGCGAAGUACCGUCAUGUCCAAAUUACAUGAUGAAAUGGGCCAUUUAGGAGUCGAUCGCACCCUAGAUCUUGUACGGUCCAGGUUUUACUGGCCUAGGAUGGCCGCUGAUGUUGAGCAAAAAAUCAAGACCUGUGAUCGAUGUGUCCGUAGGAAAGCAAUGCCACAAAAGGCUGCCCCCUUGGUUAACAUCCAAGCUACCAGACCUCUUGAGCUGGUUUGUAUGGAUUUCUUGUCCUUGGAGCCUGACCGUAGUAACACAAAGGAUAUCUUGGUCAUAACUGAUUUUUUUACGAAAUAUGCUGUGGCCAUCCCUACACCUAAUCAGAAGGCCAGAACAGUUGCCAAGUGCCUUUGGGAGAACUUUAUUGUUCAUUAUGGGUUUCCUGAAAAGUUACAUAGCGAUCAGGGUACAGAUUUUGAGUCCAAAACUAUUAAGGAAUUAUGCCUACUGGCUGGAAUUCAUAAGGUCCGGACUACGCCAUACCAUCCUAGGGGAAACCCGGUUGAGCGGUUCAACAGGACCCUCUUAAGCAUGCUAGGUACCCUUAAAGAUCCAGAGAAGACACACUGGCGUGAUUUUGUAAAGCCGCUAGUACAUGCUUACAAUUGUACCAAGCAUGACACUACAGGCUUCACUCCGUAUGAAUUAAUGUUUGGACGGCAGCCCCGAUUGCCAAUAGACCUUGUAUUUAACGUACCACUGAAUAAAGCUCAGUUGAAGUCCCAUUCUCAGUACGUCCAGAAUCUAAAAAAACAUCUUGAGGAGAGUUAUAAACUAGCUUCGAUGAAAACUGCUAAAGUUGCAAGGAAAAACAAGCUCCGUUUUGACAGGCAUGUCACAGAGUCCAUGCUGGAUGUUGGGGACCGUGUGUUAGUUAGAAAUGUACGAUUGAGAGGAAAGCACAAAUUGGCGGACAAGUGGGAGUCAUCUGUAUACGUUGUUGCUGGUCGAGCCGGAGAUCUGCCCGUGUAUACCGUGAGGCCGGAAGGCAAGGAUGGUCCUCUGCGCACAUUGCAUAGAGAUCUUCUGUUGCCCUGUGGAUUUUUACCAUCGAACUCUACAGAGAAGCCUCAGCCAAAAAGACGCCCUGUAACACGUCAGAUGAUGCAUGCUAGUGAUAAGUGCUCAGAGUUUAGUUCAGACGAUGGCUACCUUGAAUACCAUGUAGAGCCCCAGAUUACACCAUCUUCAAGGUUCUUCAGAAUGUGUACCAACAAGAGGUCACCUGAUCAUGUUAGGCUUGAUCGUGUGAGUCGGUCACCUCACAAUCCACACUUUUCAGUUCAGCAGGAGGAUAGUGAUAUAGCUGCAACCGGCUCCGGUAUCCCUCAGACUAUAAUAGACAACUCUGCAAUAGGAGAACUAUGUGACGAACAAAUACCAGAUGAUUUAGGUAUUCCAUGCAGUUCUACUAACGCAGUUGACUCAUCUCCAGAACCUUUGGCCUGCCUUGAGGGGGAGUAUGAGUCCACGCAAAGGGAUGAUAGCUCACCGGGUGUUUUGAGGGAAGAAUCAAGGGAAAUGGAUGAACAAGCUGAACACGAGGAUCGAAGAGAAACUGUAGUUGGUACAGAAGAGGGAAUG